AACCAAGAGAAAGCGGUUACUCGUUUACAACGCUUAUGUGAAUAACGCCAUUUGUCUUCCCGUUACUUCCCUUCUACGUCACCGUUUCACAUUUCCCAAAUUCAACCCUCAAUGGGACCCUAAUUUGGACACUCUAUCAGCGUUACCCUCUCCACUUUCUGCAUUCAAUUUCGUCAUUCUUUUGACCACCAUUUCUCUUCUUACCUUUUUACAUAUCAAAUUUUCAACGACUCUUCAAAUUCAUUUCCAUUUUUAGGGUUUUCACCAUUUUCAUCAAUCAUUUCCUGUUUCGUCAACUAGGGUUUCUUUCUUUCCCCUAAAAAACGCGGCUUUUCCGUGUUGUGGGGUUCAACUUUGAUCUUUCCAACUUUAUAUAAAUAAAGUACCACUGAAUCGAAGAAGCUAUAUUACUAUUGUUACUGUUAUGGAUGUAACUGAGAUUUCAAUCUUGCAUCAUGUUGGAAUUGUCUUGUUUUCUCUAUGGUUACUAUCUUCAUUCGAUUGUUGCCACGCUGCUUUUUAUUUUCUCUCUUUGAUCUAUCUUUAUCUGGUUCAUGAACGUUAUGUUACAAGGCUAACCAAGAAGUUGCAGUUUGAGGAGAGGAAACAAUCUAAUCAAAGAAGGGUGCUUUGUGAUUCAGAAACAGUUCGGUGGUUGAACCAUGCUGUUGAAAACAUAUGGCCUGUAUGCAUGGAACAAAUUGUCUCUCAGAAAAUUUUACUCCCUAUCAUACCUUGGUUCUUAGAGAAGUACAAGCCUUGGACUGCUAAAGAAGCUGUUGUUCAACACCUAUAUAUGGGAAGAAACCCACCUUUGAUUACUGAUAUCAGGGUACUUCGCCAGAGUGAUGAUGACCACUUGGUUAUGGAGUUAGGAAUGAAUUUUCUCACAGCCGAUGAUAUGAGUGCAAUACUUGCGGUGAAACUAAGAAAAAGAUUGGGCUUUGGAAUGUCAACAAAGCUGCAUAUAACGGGAAUGCAUGUUGAAGGGAAGGUCUUGGUGGGGGUAAAGUUUCUCAAAACAUGGCCUUUUCUUGGCCGCUUGCGUGUAUGCUUUGUCGAGCCUCCAUAUUUUCAGAUGACUGUCAAACCUAUUUUUACUCACGGGCUUGAUGUGACAGAACUUCCAGGAAUUGCUGGCUGGCUAGAUAAGCUACUGUCCAUUGCUUUUGAACAGACCCUUGUUGAGCCUAAUAUGCUGGUUGUUGAUGUUGAGAAAUUUGCAUCACCAGAGCAAGAGCCUUGGUUUAAAGUUGAUGAGAAGGACCCUGUUGCUUAUGCAAAAGUAGAAAUUGUUGAGGCAGCUGACAUGAAGCCAUCAGAUUUAAAUGGACUAGCCGAUCCUUAUGUGAAAGGUCAUUUAGGCGGAUAUAGAUUCAGGACAAAGAUACAAAAGAAAACACUUGCUCCCAAAUGGCUAGAGGAAUUUAGAAUUCCCAUCAUAACAUGGGAUUCUAACAAUGAGUUGGUUAUUGAAGUUCGAGACAAGGACCGUUUCUAUGAUGAUAUCCUUGGGCACUGUUCUGUGAACAUCAAUGAUUUUAGGGAUGGGCAAAAAUAUGAUAAGUGGCUGCCACUAAAGAAUGUAAAAAUGGGGAGAUUGCAUUUACGGAUAACAGUUUUCGAAGAUAAGGAAAAGGAAGCUGAUAGUACACACGACCAGGAACCAGUAGACAUUCAAGAAAGAAUAGAUUCUUUUGUAAAUGAGAGCACGAAAAAAAGUUCUUUCUCUUCUGUUUCGUCUGACAAAUCUCCAAAAGUAGCAGAUGACUACGAGCCUAUAGAAAUUGAAGGGCAAAAGAAGACAGGAGUCUGGGUCCACCACCCAGGAAGUGAAUUUUCCCAAACCUGGGAGCCAAGAAAAGGGAAGAGUCGACGCCUCGACACAGAGAUUCACGGGGAGCUUAAUGAUAUUCCUGGCAACUUAAAUAAUCCAACCGUAUCUGGAUCCUUGAACAACGACAGCAGCAGUCCUGAUGAUAAUCACGAAGAUAAGCGUCGAAUGAGAACCGUUAGGAAAGGCCUACACAAAAUUGGUUCUGUAUUCCGUAGGAGUCAGAAAAAGUAUGAAAGAUCAAGUUCAAUUGCGGAGGACAUUCAAUCUCCACAUGAUAACAUUAGGUCAGUAAAUGCUUCUAAAGGGGUCGGUGUGAAGUUUGUUAUGGAUGAUGAUAUUGCUGGCUUUCCGACUGGUAAGAUUCAGGUAGAAGGUGGAUCGACAGAAGGGAGUGCUUGCGGUCCUGAAAGCCCGGCAAAGAGAGAUGUCAAGGACAUGGCAAAGAAUGCUUUCAAACAUGCAGAAAAAUCGGCUCGUAGCUUAAAACACGUUCUUUCUGGUAAAACAAGGAAGUCUAAAGGUGAUUCAGUGGCAACCCUUCAAGAAAGAGAAAAUGAAUCUGACUCUUCUGAUGAUGAAUUUCUUUCGCCACCAAUAGAUGUAAUAAGAACUCCAGUUUAUUCCCAGGCCAUUGCUCCACAAAGUGGUUCCCCCAAAUCCAAUUUGACUGAGGUGUAUAGUGUUCCAUCCAACACCAAGCCCGAAAAGGCACGCUCCCCUGAAAGGUCUAAUGAAGAAGAAUGGGUCAAGUCUGGUGAAAAUGAGGAAAUUGUGGCAGAUAAAAGGGUUGUUAGCAGUGUUGCUGAAGUGAAGAAUGUUUAAUCAAGUAAAUGGUCGCAUUCUAUACGCAGCACACAAAUAUCAAACACGACACCGACAAAGACACAUUUUUAUACUGUACAGUUUUUGAAGUUGAUAUUUUUGUUUUUGUAUGUUAUGUUAUACUCUGGUUACAUCCAGAGUAGUUUUUGUUGUAUAGUAGUGUUAGGUUUCGUUUUCAUGAAACACGGUUAUUCCACAAGUGCUGUCGGUGUUGUGCUUUUUCAACUCAGAGGUUUGUAAAGUAAAUAGCUUUUGCUUAUACAAGAGAAACAAAUAAAAGAAACAGGAUAUGUUUUUUUGUCCUCUUGCAACCAAAA